UGAAUGCGGAAGUGGGUUAUUCCUGGGUCAAACAGUUAACCACUUUGUGUUGCCUCGCUAUAUAUGGUGUUAUGACCUGAUUCCUGCGGAAAUCUCGCUACAUCGCGUGAUACUUUCCAUGAGGGCAAGGAACCCAAUAUUGUCAACACCGCCGAGAAUAUCUACACCGCAAAACGCGCAAGCAAACAAUGGCGUCAUGUAUACCGAUAAUGGGCCUCGUGUUGUCCUUGGCCGUUAUCGCUGGCUAUAUUUGCGCCACGGCCACUGACCAUUGGAUUGAAGUCCCUUUAGUCUCCACUAGUGCUGGACUGUGGAGGCAAUGUACCAACUAUGCAGGCGUUAUUAAUAUGUGUAGCGAUCUCGGUGACGUUCCAGCUUAUAUGCAUAUCAGUCGAGGAUGUAUGAUAGCUGCUUGUAUUGUGGCUCUUUUAGCUAUAAUACUCGCUAUUGUGGGCUUUAUACAAGAGAUUGGAAACACCAAGAUAAAGAUAGCGGGUGUACUUAUAAUUCUAACAGCUUCCGCUGUUGCCACAGCAACUAUUUGGUAUGCGAUUGAGAAGGCAACGUACUAUGAUGAUCUUAAUCUCGAUUACGAUUUCGGGUACUCAAUCAUCAUCGGAUGGGUCUCGGUACCAUUGGCCAUCGUAGCGGGCAGUAUGCUGUUAGCUACGUACUCAAGGCAUUGAACAGAAGUUGUUGAUGUAGUGGGGUGGUGCCAACAUUAUCGCAAAGUGCCGAAGUAAAGAUUGUAAUUUCAUGCAUGUUCCGUCUUUACAUUAACGAAAAGUCCGGGAGAUUGGGUAUACCAGCUCAAUGUUCUUGAAAUAGGCAGUGUGUUGUUGAUUGGUUUUAGCGUUGAUGAUUUACUUGUAUCUCCGUGCCACACAUAUAUUUGUAAUUUACCUGCACACGCGCACUAGAAAUGUAAAACACAUUUGCGGUAUUUGCAACUAUAUAGGCGAAUACGCAUGCCUCUUAUUUACUUCGUAGAUAUUACAAAAACAAUCAAUUAUGUGACUCUCAUACAAUACUGUGCCUGAUUGGCUACCCAUCUCUAACACCUAACGGUCAGACCAAUCAGAGAGCAGGUUAUGUUUGACAGUCUUUUGUUUCGACGUAUCAAAUUCUGCUUUACACAUAUGCUUUGAGUCGACCCAACCAUUAAAGCGGGGGAAUCGUCACCUGCGCAUGCGUCAGAUGGCCUUUGCGUUUUUAACGUGUGUUCGGUCGCUUGGGACUCCAUUCCCGCGCAUAGGCAGGUGACGACCCAUUCUCCUUCCCAGAGUUCCUUGCGGUUAGAUCGCCGAAAGUAUCUCUGCCACCACACACCGCCAUUUUGUGGUGAAACACGACAAGACUUUUACUACGCGUAUCAUUUGCGUAUUUUUGUUAUUGGAUGGCUUUCGUGUUGAUUUAUUCCUACUGGAAAACAAGUUUUAAAAUAUUUCGUCGAUAGCUGAUAAUGAUUUUUUCGUAAAAACACUGAAAACGGUGAAAUAGUUAUAAUUUACAAAAGAAAAUAAUUUCAUCGCGGAAUAACGGUUACUAAGGUGUUACUCGGUUCAUCAAGCUGACGGCCCUGUCGAUCGCUAGGCGAAGACAUAUGAAGAAAGGAAAGCACUUCGUGGUAUUGACAGCGAACACGUUCUAUUGCCACUCCGUUUGUGCCAAGGAAAGUAAAAAUAUGAGCUCACUAUGAAAACAGCCAGAAUCUACAAACAACGCGCACACUUUAGUUAGGUUCGAAAAUCGAACACCUGCAUUGCAAUGUUUUGGUGCGUGUCUUUGAAAGUAGUACCACUGUGAUGCAUCGACAAAUCAACAACAAGCAUGAGAUCGCGUGGUGGCAGAGAUAUAUUCGUAAUAGAACUCUGCCUGGGGAGAUUGGUGACGACCUUCCCGCUUUAAGGCGAGACGCAAGCAGCAAUCCUUUGCGCCCGCUCAGACAAAGAAAAAACACGCAUGUUUUGUCAAUGAUUCAGCAAUCUUUUUUACUCAUUUUUUUUUUUUUAUUUGAGUUUAGUAGUACUAGAUUUAUUGUUAUAACAAGAUAUUUCACAUCCUGUGGUCUGUAAAAAAAUCAGAGUAAGUCGACGCAUUAAACGGAAUGUAUUCUGUAGUACUAUCUGUUCGAACAUGCGCGUGUUCUGAAAUAUUGUUGAUAUUUAAUAUCUCGUAAAUCAUUGAUUCAGUUGCGACAGAGCAGUGGUAUACAUGUAUGUGGCGCAAUGUGAUACGGAUACAAAUAUAAAUAUGAAUCAUUUGCACUUUCACUAAAAUGUUCUUAAUUUUUCAACUUUUGCACAUAUGAUUUAAAUAUAUUUUAAUUACAAAUAUACUCAAAGAUACAAUUAUGAAUAUUUUAGUUUUGUGUAAGAAGGACCAAAACAGACUUUCUAAUUUGUUUCACUGNUUAACUUUGUCCAUGAAUAAUUUGUAUUUUCACUGAAAUCCCAUGAUUCAGCUUGCAUAAUUUAAGGAUAUAUUCAAAUGGUGUUAUUGUGUACGUUAUAUCGCUACCUGAGACGUGGGUGUAUUUAGUUAAUUUGAGAUAAAUAUUGAAAUGAAAUAUUAAAUAUAUCCGGAGGGGUUCAGACAAGGAAAACGGAUGUUGACGAUGGGGAGGAAAACGUAAACUGGGUCAAUUCUUUGCGUUAUCAUUCGUAUUUACAGAAGAAUAUCGGACAAUCAGUGAAUUAGGGAGUUGCAAGUUAGAUUCAAGUAGAAUCGUUUAAAGAAAGAAAAAAUAUUAUAUUUACGCAAGAAGCGCCGCGA